AACAAUGAAAAUAAUUAAAAGGUGAUUGAAUGUCGCAAGUGUCUGAAAUAUUUCUCACUUUUGAUAUCUGCGUUCUAGUUAAGACGAGGCUCGACGUCUUAUUUCUUGAUUUCUCCUCUUUAUAAUGGUGAACCUGGAAGAACUCUCCAGCUAGUUUCGAGGUACGAUGCUAGCCUAACAAGCCAGUCGCCGUAGGUUCGAGUCUCGGCUCGGGAGAAACUGUUAGUGUCAGUAGGAUCGUAGCGCUAGCCCCGCAAUUCCGCAAUUGUCCUGUACACUUAACAGUUGCCUGCGAAGUCUGUGUAUAAUAAACAGAAGGUCGAGUUCCGAUACGGAAUGUAGCACCAAGGCUUUGCUUUGCAUAAUGGUAAACCAAGAUGACUGCUAUCUCAGAUCUAGGCACAGGUCGGAUUAAAAUGGCUCAGAAAACGGAGCGUAUAAACUGGCUGGCGCGACGUCACAUACCGUUCUCGGAUAGAGGUUAUCAAUGCAGCACUAAAUUAGCUCCAGCAUCACAUUUUAGACAAACACCAACUCACAGUAUUCUAGUUGACGGGCGACAGAAUGAUUGCAGAUUUGUACGCUUAUCUGACUAACUUACCUCGAUGGCAUAUUUUUGCAAUUUUCCUUGUUGGAUAUCUACUGUACUAUUUGAUGGAGGUUGUUAAGCGACCCAUUCUUGCAAUCGCAGAUGGCCCGUUUAAGAAAUAUCUUCGCAAAAAUAUCCCUAUACUAGAGAUGAAAUUUUGGCCCACCUUCUGGUGUGUGGAAAGUCGGGCCCAAACUGUCUUUGCUAGCAUCAUUCGUUCCAAUAUGAUUCCAGACAUAGACUACCGUCGUGAAGUUCUAACAUUAAAAGACGGGGGUGAGGUAGCGUUGGACUGGUUAGAUAUGAACUGUGAUAGUGAGUCGCCGCUUAUUAUCAUCCUUCCAGGGUUGACAGGCGAAUCACAAGCCGAGUACAUAAAAUGCUUGGUGACUUCAGCUAAUCGUAUUGGUAUCAGGACAGUGGUGUUCAACAAUCGUGGCCUAGGGGGAGUUGAACUGAAAACGCCUAGGUUGUACUGUGCUUCUAACAGUGAGGAUCUGUUGGAGGUAGUUAACCAUGUAAGAAAAUUGAAUCCUCAUGUUAAAAUUGGCGCCACCGGAAUAUCAAUGGGUGGAUUAAUAUUAGGGAAUUACUUGGCCAACUAUAGCGAAGAGUCGAAGCAAAUACUCACUGCCGCAAAGAUAAUCUCGGUGCCAUGGGAUGUUAAUAAGGGAUCUGAUAGCAUCGAACAGCCUUACCUUAACAGUAUGCUCGGACGUCACUUAGCAGGAAGUUUAUGUCGCACAGUACGUAAAUAUGAUAUUCUUAGGCAUGAGGAUUUUGAUUGGGACAUGGAUCAAGUUUUACAGAGCAAAACAAUCAAAGAGUUUGAUUCCCAUUUCACGUCGAAGCACUUUGGCUAUAAAGAUGUCGAUAGUUAUUAUGCUCAGGCCACGUUACACAAUAAGUUACACAAAAUAAAAGUGCCUUUGCUGUGUCUAAGCGCGGCCGAUGAUCCGUUCCAGCCGCUAGAUGCAAUCCCUAUCAAGGCUGCAGCGAAGUCGUCCCACGUUGCGAUUCUGAUCACGGCUCGCGGUGGCCACAUUGGUUUCCUUGAGGGUUGGUGGCCAGCUAACAAAGAACAAUACAUGGGCCGACUGUUCAGUCAGUUCUUUGCAGCAACUUUAUUUGAUCCGAAUAAUGAGUUCUAUCGCACAGCGCAACUCAUGAUGGAGCACAACUUACAGACGUCAACUUCGGUGCCUACUACACCGAUUUCUGGAUCGUCCAGUCCCAUACGAAAAAAAUCCAUUCCAUUCUAAUAGUAAAGAGGAUAGUAAUUGUUUUAUUCCCCAGCACAAUUAUUUGCAAACAACAUUUGUGAUAACGAUUAACAUAAUUGUUCCGACAGGUAGUUGUGAAGUUUGUAAAUAAUGUUCACAGCACAAAUCCAACAUAGACAAUUUAUAAGCCAACUUCAACAACGAUUUUAGGUGUUUCAUCAUUUUGAACAAUAAUAUGGUAUUUGAAGCCGAAUUAACAAACAAUAAUCAUAGUUCAGUCUAGAUUCAGGCCAAAUUUCUUGCGUCAGUUUCACAGCAAGUAAUUACUGAAGCUUUAACGGAUAGUCAAUGCAAAAAGUUGCCUUCUAAAGCACAUAGCUAUAGGUUAUUUAAAAAAAGCAAGGUUAUUUUUCCUAUAAUACUAAACCAAUGUUGGAUGUUCUUAAAAAGAACUUUGUUAUUAAUUUUAGCGAAGCGAGAAAUUUGAAUUUGAACUUAAAUCAAUCAACACAAUGAACUGAUCCGCGUUGUGUACAUGAAGGUCUAUACUAAAUAUGAUCAGUUACUCACGAUACUUUACCGUAAGUUGUUAGGUGGAAUAGAAAGUUAAUUUUUAAACCUUUUCAAUGUUAACUGCUCACAGCGUGGAUUGAAAGCACUAACCAAAUUGCCCAAAAACGUUCUUUGAGGGCUACAAUAUUCUUUGUUAAUACUAUGCAGGGUCAAACACCAACAAUAAAUAAUGUUUAUUCACAUAUCAUUGACAGUUGUAAAAAUAGUACUUUUAAUAAAAUAAUAGUUCAAACAGAUUGAAGAGAUUACCAGAAAGUAAAAGAAAAGUAUUCUAAAAGCAAUACAAGCGUUAAUGUUGUAUUCAUGAAUUAGUUAUCGUUUUUACACAUAGACAGCUUAAUUUAAUUCAAAAAUCAAUAGUAAUUUUGCUUACAGCAUGACAUUAAAAGGUUCUACUAGUCUCAACAAAUUCGUGUUUCGUGAAAUUUAAUAUUUAUCAUUGCACUAGCUUAUUUAAUAAAACUAUUAAAGCUUAUAAAGAUUUCUAAGGCCAUUAACAACUUCUACCAUAGAAAACUUAAUAGGAGAAAAUAA